AUGUCUGAAUUCCUCCUAAACCCACUCGCGCGCCUCCAAACGCUCUCGACCACAGUCUUCCAGUCGCUCGGCCCCCCGCAGUCCCGCCCACCACCCGCGCCCAGUGUAUCGGAGCUCCUCGCGGCGGACACGGCGCUCGCUGACGCGAUGCAGCGUGCGCGGGCGCACCAAGUGCGGCAACGCCGUAUAGAGCGGCUGAAGGACGAGGUCCUCGCGCUCGACCGGAAAUGGCGUGAGGCCGUGAACAUCCUAGACGAAGGACGGAGAGAGCUCGACGCGAUCGUACGAGAGGGUGAAGAGCGAAUAAAGGCGAUCGAAGAAGCAAAGACGGCCGCGAUCCCGUAUCCGGAGCUGCUCGCGUAUGCGCAGAGCCUCUCCGCGUUCACCUCCGCGCCGCCGAACAUGCCCGACCUCGCGCCUGGCCAGCCCCCGCCGCCGCUCUUCUUCCCGCCGUUCCCGAACGAAGAGAAGAUGCGCCGCGGGCACAUGAACGACGAGGCCCGCUCGGCAUCCUCGGCGAGACGCAUUCAGUCAAACGUACCGCGUCCCGUGUCGCCGCCGCCGCUCGAGCUCGGGACGUACCCCGGCGCGAACCCGUACCGCCCCGACCUGCGGCCCCCGCAGCAGCCGUUCUUUGACCUCGACCUCGACCUCAACCCCGACCUCUGA